CGGAGAAUUGUUUCCUGCAAUGCUUUUUACAGGAGAGUUUUCUUCGAUUUAAAUUGUGGGAAGGGAUUACCGGGAAUCGCGUUGUUGACCUCUCAAUCAUUUCUAUGCUGACCCGUCGGACUCGAGGUUACCAAGAAAAAUGAAGAAUUGAAAAUGAUGCGGAAAUUUAUAAAAUAAAUGAAAUGGAGAAGAUCUUGAAAAGAUCUGCCUAAAGAAGAAAGGAGGAGGAGGGGAGCAGGCAGUUCCUUCGCCUGCCUCCGUUUUCCGAUGCGGAGUCGUCAUGGCGGAGAUCUACGCCUCCCCGCCUACCCAUUCUCCUCCGCCGUCCGCCGACGACGUCGGCUCUCUCUUCCACCGCCACCACCAACAGACGCUGGGUUCCGGUUUCGCGGCUUCUCCACCGCCAAAGCUGGAGGAGCUCUCCGGAACCACCAGUGCGGGAAUCGUCCCUCAAGCAGCGUGGGACUCCUUUUGGAUCAGAAAUGCUCUACCGGGGUCCAGUCACCGGAGGGAAAUCCGACAACACGACGGCGAUAGCGUCGGAGAGGGAACUGGCGUGGCGGGGGAUGUGGGGUCAUCUAGGACGGGUUGUAGGGUUUUCGCGGGAGGAGCAGUGGCGGAGGGCGGUGAUGCGAUCGGUCUUGGGGAGCUAGGGUGGGAAGGGACGGCGAUGGAGAGGAGGAAGGAGUCGGAGGUGGACGAGUUGGAGUUCGGGAGUGAGGAAGCGCAGGAAGCCCCGGAAGAGUUGGCGAAGCCGCCGCCUUCUCGAACAUCUUCGAAAAGGAGUAGAGCUGCCGAAGUUCACAAUUUAUCUGAGAAGAGGAGGAGACGCAGGAUCAAUGAGAAGAUGAAAGCCCUGCAAAAGCUUAUUCCUAACGCUAACAAGACUGACAAGGCAUCGAUGUUAGAUGAAGCCAUCGAGUAUCUCAAGCAGCUUCAGCUUCAAGUACAAAUGCUGUCCAUGAGAAAUGGACUAUCUCUACCUUCCAUGUAUAUGCCUCAAGAAGUGCAGCUAAUGCAGAUGCCACAAGUGGCCAUUAACCUUGGGGCAACGGAGAGCUCAUUGCCCAUGAAUAUGGGCAUCAGAUUGCCCCCUGAGGGUGAAGCCAAUGUGCACAAAUCAAUCAAUCUUUCACCUCAGUGUGCACCUUCUAUUCAACCAACAGGGAUGCCUAAUGUAGCUAACGCUGUUUCCAAUUCAGAGACUGCAUUUGGCCUGGACGCAUCACAGGGUCAUCUCAAACAAUAUCAAUUCCCUACAGCUACUUCAGAUGAAAUGUACAGGGCUAACAUUUUACCACAACAACUAGAUAUUAUUCAGUGUACAAGAACAGCAGCUGCGAUACCUGUAGACAGACAACCCAUGUUGGAUGGAACAAAUUCUCUAGAAGCGUGCUUGUUGAAUAGACACGAAUCUCUGCAACCAAAGGAUGUAAAUAGCCAACUUGCCUUCCAACGGCCUCAUGAUGCAGGCUAAAGACAAGGAGCGCAACCGCCGAAGAGAAAAAGAAGGAAAUGCGAGAACUUUGAGUGCUGAAGAGCAAAUCUCAGGAACCUUUGGCUGUCGCAACUUGCCGUUAGGACGGUUAGCCGACCAACGUGUAAGCAAUUGUUGUAUUUUUCUUGCCUGGACUGGCCGACGAUAUCCACCAAAAUGCUUCUCUUCUCUUGUUAGAUAACUCCGCGCUGUGCAAUUUCCUUACCCCCGACAGAAGCCUUUUACAAUACUAUGCCUUAGCUGAGUGGAGUGUUUCUGUUUGGUUUUUUCUUGUUUUCUGAUGCCGAUUACCUCUGUGUAUACCUAGUGAAACGGUUUUGGUGCUGGAAAACGUGAAGGUGUCGUUUGUGUUGCCUGUGA